CCCGCCGGCCGCGCGCUCGCUGCUCCGACGCCUGCAGGAGGCGUGGACACGCGGGGCCCCCGAACGGCCCCCGAGAUGCGUCCUCUCACCGUCCCCGCUUCUCAAAAGGACGGGUGGGCGGCAGCGGCCUUCCCGCAGCCGGCGGGUCCGCCCCGCGCUUCCCCCGCAGCCGCCGUCCAGGAGCAGAGAAGGCCGAGGACGAUAGGCAGGACCCAGAGACUCGGGGCCACCGGGGUCAGAGCCGGAGCUGAGGACCCCGAGACGCGGAGCUGGGGCCCGCGCUGCCUGGCCGCCCUCACGCGCGGGACUGCCCAGCCUGCCGUACACUGUAGCUUAUAAAGGCCACUGAACCCAACUGUGAAAGAUGAGAGGAAACGGACACCGAGGCUGGCCACACGCAGCCCCGCUCAGCGGACACAGGGAUCUCGGCCCAGUCAACAAAUCCGGAUUGAGAGUCUGUUCUUGCAGGCCAGAGUGAGACAAGAGGGUCACCGCAGGAAAAGGGCCCACCAUCUGCAAAGCUCUCCAUUGGGGGUAUCAACCUGAUCUCUAGGCCCAGAGAGGAGGGAGUGAUGACCCCCGCACACGCACCAGCUGUAUCUCUCCUCACCUGGAGACUGGCGUUAGGCUGUAUCUCGCCCACGAGAAACAGAGCCACUGAGAAGUCAGAAACCCGCUCCCAGUCGCACAGCAAAAUUGACUCGUCCUUUGGGGUGCUCCUUGGAGGCCUUCCCGACCAGUUCCUACCCCACUGUCUAUGACGUGCUUUCCCCUCAGCACGGACCUGGGCACACAGAAGACCCCUUCCAGGCUUCAGAGGCUUUAAUGAAGAGCUCUCCAGCCCCAGCCUGAUGUGGGGGCCUCUCCUCUCCAGCCGUGCAGACCCUGGGGAAUGGGGCAUGUCUCCACAUACCCCCAAGCCUGCACAAAGCCAAGCUGGGGCAGCGAGUCCAAGAGCUCCGUUGAGUGAGAGGGCUUGGCCCUGCUACCUAAGCUCUCCGGGCCUCGUGUAGAUGGGGUGAAUGUGGCGGCACCCCCUGUUCUGAGAAAUGAACAAGCUUACAAGGAGAAGAUGAAGGAACUGUCAGUGCUGUCGCUCAUCUGCUCCUGUUUCUACUCACAGCCGCACCCCAACACCAUCUACCAGUAUGGGGAUAUGGAGGUGAAGCAGCUGGACAAGAGGGCCUCUGGCCAGAGCUUCGAGGUCAUCCUCAAGUCCCCUUCUGACCUGUCCCCCGAGAGCCCAGUGCUCUCCUCUCCCCCCAAGAGGAAGGACACCUCCCUGGAGGAGCUGCAGAAGCGGCUGGAAGCAGCUGAGGAACGAAGGAAGACGCAGGAGGCGCAGGUGCUGAAGCAGCUGGCCGAGCGGCGCGAGCACGAGCGCGAGGUGCUGCACAAGGCGCUGGAGGAGAACAACAACUUCAGCCGCCAGGCCGAGGAGAAGCUCAACCACAAGAUGGAGCUCAGCAAGGAGAUCCGCGAGGCGCACCUGGCGGCGCUGCGCGAGCGCCUGCGCGAGAAGGAGCUGCACGCAGCCGAAGUACGCAGGAACAAGGAGCAGCGAGAGGAGAUGUCUGGCUAAGGGGCUGUGGGCCACAGGCGCCUGGAUCCUGAGAGGCGACAUCAGCACAUGCGGGCUCUGGUUUCGUCUUGUCCCACUUCGUCUAGAUGCAACUUUUGUCCCCGCACCCUCCCUCCCUCCCCUGCACUCCCAGCUCCUGCUUCUCUUUCCGCUCCGAGCUGUCCAGUCCUGCACAGGCUCUCCAUCAAGGAGCCACCACGGCGUGGCACGCAGUCCCUCGGUUCAGGCACCAGGCCAGGCAGUGGCUGGGUCCCCAGUUGGUGGCCCUCUUAGAUGUGGUGACAGCCUCAAUAAAUCCCGUGGUGGUAGCAGGAACAUGUGGGUCCUUAUGCUGGCUUGUCCUGUGAGCACCUUGUACUUCGGGCACAUCCUCUGAGCCAGCUCCCUGCCGCUGACAGGCCAAGGUGACACCGCCUGCCAGGCCUUCGGUGGGAGGGGGCAGAGCACGUGGGAGGCCCUCUGGGUCAGUCGUGGGAGCCACUUGUACAACGGAAUGCUUUGGAAUAGUGCGUAGGGGUCCUCUGAGACCACCUGGCCUGCAGUGGGCAGCUUGGACUGGCCUGGGAGGGUUAGUCAUUGCCUGUGGCUGGACUGGGCAGUGGGAGGGUGGGAUGUGGUCCAGCUGGAGCCCAGGGGAGCAGGCAUUCUCCACCAGGGACCCAUGAGCCGGUGGCCGUGGUCUAGAGGGUUGUGGGCUGCAUGGACACCCCUUGGUGGAUCCUCCUCCCAGGAGUGCUCCCCUCAGAGACUCUGGCCCAGUACUGGUGUGGUCCUCCGUCUCCAUUCCUCUCCCCCCGGUAGGCUUUACGGAUCCUUGGAGGACCCCGACUUUAGAGCCCUUUGGAGUCUUGGUCCCUUUCUGUGCCCUAACCCUGGUUUAAAAAAAAAAAAAAAUGCUCCUAUGGUGCUCUGGGCCAUGGGGCUUUCAGGCUCAGCUCUGGACAGGUAUGGCUAGGUCUGAGUGAGUGGUAGCUGCAAGUGCCCCUCAGGGAGCAGAUGGCAGGGGCAGGGGGGCGUAGGGGACCAGCUGCUUGCAGCCUCAGAUGGUGGGGGGUGGGGUUCCCAAGCCACCUUCCUACCUAGUCCAUCCUUGACAUUCUUGACCUGUGGCCCUCUCUGGCACUAGGCCUUUCCUGCCAACACCUUCCUGGACUGGGCUCCUUCUCCUCCAUCAGCCUAGGGGGACUCUCCAGAUUCCCAGUGCUGGCCUCUGAGGACUGUCACCUGCUGCCCAUGAGGGUGGCGUCCAGUCCUUGUGCCCCAUCCUCCGUGGCAGCCCCACUCCACAGCUGAGGACUGAGGGCAGGGUCCCUGCUGACCAUCCUCUGAGUGGGAAGCAUGAGGGACAGACUGCAAGGAGCCAGAGCCAGGGCUUUAGAAGCCAGGUGGGUGGCCACCCCCCGGUUCCCCCAGCCUCCAUCCUAUAGAAGCCCGUGCCGGUGGACUGCCAGCGCCCAGCCAGAAAGCACAGCUGGGCGCUGGCCGCUACAACAGGCUUUGGGGGAGGCAGGGACCCAUGCCCACUUUCCCUGUCCCACCCAUAGUCUCCGGGGGAAUGACAAGCCAGGAUUGGAACCCCACUGUCCCCCACGUGGCUCCUGCGGGACUCAGAAAGGGACAUGGAAGGAGAGCGGAGGGCCGGAUUUCUCUCUGCAGUGGCAGCUCUCUCAUAGUGGAAGCCUAGUGUGAUAUGUACCCAUCUCAUCCACGUAGUGAAAGUGAACUUAAAUGAAAUCAAAUGAAUGAUUAAAGACAAAAACCCGAAA